GGCAAACGGGCAGCAACAAACAAACAUCACUAUCAAACGAUCUCAGAGCGUCUACCUUACAAUAUACCACGAUGGAAAGUCCUCACGAGCAUCAGCAAGCCUUGCUGCUAUCUCGCAUCAUCGGCAACAUUGAAAAACUUAAUGAAUCAAUCAUGGUCAUGAACCGCAAUCUUCAGGAGAUCAACAUCCAGAACAUGAAUGUUGAGCUCGUAGCGCAGAUGUUUAAGAACUACCAGUCCAAUGUCCUGUUCCACUUGGAAGGUAUAGUAAAUUCUAAGUCGGCAACAGCGCCUGCCUGGUUCGACGUUGCUAACUUCUCCUAGCGACGGACAACCUGAAGGAGCCAUCCUGAGCGUCUGCCAGCGUCCACUAUUG